CUAGAGGUGAGCUGGGGAUUCAGGACACUGGCAGUACUCUGGAGGAGACAGAGGUUGUGGGUGGGGGCCUGCCACAUUCUCAAGAUCUUCCUGUGAGUAAUCUGGACACUGUGGACCUGGGCCAUUCUCCCGCUGCAGAUGGUGACUUUUCUGCAGUGACUGAGGGUCUGACUGAACUUCCACAGACAACCCUGACUAAAGAGAUUCAAGACACUGGCAGUACUGUGGGGAAGACAGAGGUCAUGGAUAGGGACCUGCUACGUUCUCAAGAUCUUCCUGUGAAUAAUCUGGAUGCUGCAGACCUGGGCUGUUCUCCAGUUGCUGAUGUUGACUUUUCUGUAGUGACUUUUUUAAAAUGUGCGACAGUUAAAGGGCAGGUUUUAGAGCAGACGGAUGGCCGCAUUAAAAAGCGCGGGACCACUUCAUUUGUAGAACAAAGCUCUGUAGAGUUAACGGACACAGAGGACCAGUUUAACUGUAACGACGAGUGCCGUCCGUUCCAAGUGCACGUCUCUAGAAUUGUCUCCUCCGGACGGCUCAAAAACGGAAAGCCGAUGUCUCAUCCUUCUCAACCAUCCCCGCAAGCACCACCCUUCAAAGUCCUCGUGGAAAGAUGCCGCUCCGAACCCCUCUCCCAGAGCACCCCAAUGGGGCUGGACCAGGUGGGAGGGCGCAUGCAGCACUUGCUCAGAAGACGCGCUGAGAACGAACAGGCUUCAAAGACUCUGAAGGUGCGCGGGAACUGCAGGAACGGUGGCCGUCGAUGGAACCUCUUCAAGCCUGGAGCUGAGAAGCUGCAAAUCAGCAGGCUGAUCAGUGGUGGUUCUAUUGUAAGUGCUGAGGCAGUAUGGGAUCACGUCACCAUGGCCAACCGGGAGUUGGCGUUUAAAGCAGGAGACGUUAUCAAGGUCCUGGAUGCUUCCAACAAGGACUGGUGGUGGGGUCAGAUCGAUGAUGAAGAAGGAUGGUUUCCCGCCAGCUUCGUGAGGCUAUGGGUCAACCAAGAGGAUGGAGUGGAGGAGGGAACCAGCGACGUGCAGAAUGGCCAUUUGGAUCCAAGCGCCGACUGCCUCUGUCUCGGCAGGACCGUUCAGAACCGCGACCAGAUGAGAGCCAACGUCAUCAAUGAAAUCAUGAGCACGGAGCGCCACUACAUCAAGCACCUCAAGGACAUUUGCGAGGGUUACUUAAAGCAGUGCCGGAAGAGGAGGGAUAUGUUCAGUGAUGAACAGCUACGGAUCAUCUUUGGUAACAUUGAAGAUAUCUACAGAUUUCAAAUGGGUUUUGUCCGGGACUUGGAGAAACAGUACAACAACGAGGAUCCCCAUCUCAGUGAAAUUGGACCAUGUUUCCUUGAACACCAAGAUGGCUUCUGGAUCUAUUCGGAGUACUGUAACAAUCAUUUGGAUGCGUGCAUGGAGCUUUCCAAGCUGAUGAAAGAUAGCAGGUACCAGCAUUUCUUCGAAGCGUGUCGUCUGUUGCAGCAGAUGAUUGAUAUUGCCAUAGAUGGUUUCCUUCUGACGCCAGUGCAGAAGAUCUGCAAAUACCCCCUGCAGCUCGCAGAGCUACUGAAGUACACGGCGCAGGAUCACAGUGACUACAGGUAUGUGGCUGCUGCUCUUGCCGUCAUGAGGAACGUGACUCUACAGAUCAACGAGCGGAAGCGGAGGUUGGAGAACAUUGACAAGAUAGCUCAGUGGCAGGCCUCCGUUCUCGACUGGGAGGGAGACGAUAUCUUGGACCGCAGCUCAGAGUUGAUCUACACGGGAGAGAUGUCCUGGAUUUACCAGCCUUAUGGACGGAACCAGCAGCGUGUUUUCUUUCUCUUUGAUCACCAGAUGGUUCUCUGCAAGAAGGAUCUGAUACGAAGAGAUAUUCUGUAUUACAAAGGUCGCAUAGACAUGGAUAAGUAUGAAGUGGUGGAUAUAGAAGAUGGGAGAGAUGAUGACUUCAAUGUCAGCAUGAAGAAUGCCUUCAAACUUCAUAACAAGGAGACUGAGGAAAUGCACUUAUUCUUUGCCAAGAAACUGGAGGAGAAGUUACGAUGGCUUAGAGCUUUCAGAGAAGAAAGGAAGAUGGUAAAAGAAGAUGAAAAGAUAGGCUUUGAAAUUUCUGAAAAUCAAAAGCGGCAAGCGGCAAUGACAGUAAAGAAAGUCAGUAAGCAAAAAGGUGUGAGCUACUCCAAGUCGGUUCCUCCAGCCUACCCACCACCCCAGGAUCCAUUAAAUCAGGGACAAUACAUGGUGACAGAUGGCAUAUCCCAGUCCCAGGUCUUCGAGUUCACCGAACCCAGACGCAGCCAGGCACCAUUCUGGCAAAACUUCAGCAGGAGCAAUGAUCCCAAAAGCGAGGACCGUGACUGCCCUCCCUGCCUGCUCUGCCCCGUCGCCUCUCAGACCCCUGCCUUGGCUCGGGCACCGAUGGCCCGGGCAGAGCCUGAGCUGCCGUAGCCACCCCGUCGCGGAAGGAUCAUUGCCCAGGUCACUGGAAGUGUUUACCUGGUAUUUAAUGCACCCAGACUGCAGCGCAGAGGAGAAAUGCCUUUCAGGAGAGAUAGGGAGGUGACCCGAGCUGAGCCGUACGACCGUGAUUACGUGACCUAAUCCAAAGCAGCGAUCAGUUAACCCAAAUCAGCGAUCAGUUUAAUCGGAGGGCAGCAGCAGAGGUGGAUCGUAUCGGUGUCAGUGGGUCUGGAGUCAUCAGCGCAACUCUCCAGGUCUCUUUCUCUCUCUUUUUCUCCCUCCGGAGACUCAUCGCUCUGUUUUUUAAAGACACUUCCUACAAUUUCAGCCUUAAGUAGAUUCGUUUGCAAGCGCAAAAGCUUACGUUUAAGCUUGUAAAAAAAAUCAUUGUGCACUAGGAUGAUUUUUUUUCUCCUAGGGCAAAUGAGAGUGUUUGACCAGAUUCAGAAGAUGAGCUUAAAAACUUUGCAGAGCUAUUCUGCAAGCUCCUUUGAAAAUGUGGGAUGAAGUGAUUGAUCACGGUAUUUAUCAUUUUCUUUGGAAUCUGAUACACCCCAUGAGCGCCCCAGGCCAACUACUGCGGAGAUACAUUAUAUUUUUUUCUCCCCGGAGAAAUACAAGAGAAUGGGAAGCAGAGAGCGUGAUGUCAGUAUUUCCGUGGAGCCUGUUUUAUUUCAGGGCAUAUGACAAGGCAAUGGCUGUAUUUUUAUUUAAGUACAAAAAUAAUCUCAGCACUUUUUAGCCAUCUAGAAACUAUGAAUAAACAGCAGAGCCAGGUUAGUGUUUUGGGGAGGAGAAGUGGCCCCUCUGUGACAGGCAGCAGCGAAACACCAGGAGUCCCAAACAGGAGGCAGCCCAAUUUUAUAUCAGAACUUAUUUUUAUGCUCUUUUGUAUCUUUGCAUUUUGAUGGUCAGAUUGGAAUAUUGACUAUGUAGCAAGUAUUAUUUUGUCUUUAACAGAAUGGGUAUUUAAAGAGGUGAAUGAGAUGGGUUCUCGGGCGUUAACUGAAAUGGUUUAGUAUUUCUGAAUGGCUGGAGAGAUGCAGAGAGAGAGAGAAAGAGAGAGAGAUUACAAACUGUUGUCAACAUGAUGAAAAUUUCACUUAUUCCUUUGCCUUUUUAAUUGCUUAGGGAAAAAAAAAGUAACAAGCACAUUAGUUAAGCCUGUUCAUUUACUGUUUUGUGCCUCAGAGAGUGAGAAUGAGACAUCCAUAAUUUUUAUGAGAAGAUGCUUCCUAAAUAUUCAGCACUAGGAAAAAAGAAACACCACCGCCACACCAUUAUUUGCAUCAUAAAUCAAGACUCGCUUGAUCUGACAAGGCCACUUGUUGGACUCGCAGCUUCUUUCUUAAAUGGAAAGCCCAAAGGAGCUAGCCUUGCUCGUGCUUGCCCAAGCCAGGCGGCCGGCAAAGCAGAUGCGGGCGCUUGUUCCAGAGGGAAGAGGGGCUUGGCGCUCAGGCAUGGCAUUCAAGAAAGCUCUUCCCCUCCAUAAAUUGCCGAGGUGCUGCAAGAGAUGGAGCGUUGUCACAAAGAAGAACCAGCUCCGGGUCCCACUUUUCCUCCCCGCGGUGGCUUUCCCAGUAGGGCGCGGGGUUGGGCGGCCCCGGGGCUGGCGCGGGCAGCAGCGCAGACGCGGAGUGGGGUGAUUUUGACCGAGCGUCUGAUACUGACUUUCAUUUCAAUGCCAGACAGGAGGAACCCACUUACCAUUCCAUACGCAGAAACAAGAGAGUUGUAACAAACUGACAUGUUUACGGUAUUUCUCUGGCUGAAUCUAUAUAUAUAUAUAAAAAAACAAAAAUACCCUCUUCCCUAGGUAAAUGACAUGCAUUACCCCUUGACCUAGACACUAGAACAGAGGAUCUAAAUUCAAGACUUUUCGCCUCCCCACCCUCUCCAAAAAGAUCAAACAAGAACCAACCUAGGUGCAUCUAACAGUUGUAAAUAGAAAAUAAUACAUAGAGAAAUAUAUUUGAAAUUUGUUUCAGUUUCUGGAUGGUCGCUGGCCGUCCAUUGCAAUGUUAUUGAUAGUACACUGUGGUGCUUUGGGUUUCUGGUUUUGUUCUCUUUAUGCUCUGUCAUCUUUUCAUUGCAGCUACAUUUCAGGGAACAUGUAUAUUUAGUAGCUAUUGUAAGUUCUGCAUGGCAUCACCGAGCUUAUUUUUCCUUAAGAAGAAGAGAAGAGUCUGUAGGAGUUUAAAGGCACUAUGACGACAGGGACUUGUAGCAGAGAAUUUAAAAAAAAAAAAAAAAAAAGGUUUUUAAAAUUCUAGUUUGAAGCCAAAUACUGAUAUUUUAGUGCUUUUGGGGUUUUAACAGUAAGAGAAAAAAAAAAAAAAAGAAAAAAAAAAGGAUUUUGGUAACCCAGCUGAUCCGCACUUGCCAGUUUUAUUAUUUUGUUUAUAUUGGACUGUUUGACCCUGUCAAACAAGUGUCAAAGUUGUGUGUAUAAAACAAAAAAAGUGUUUAAAAAAGUGUUGUAAAGACACUGAGCCUUAUGAAAAUAUUUAUGGAAUUAAAUAAAAAGAAGUGAAAAGGCA